GCAGUUUGAUUUCUUUUGUCGGCUUUAAUAAAAAAAAAAUGGAAUACUUUCGUCGUGCACAAAAGUGUGUUUGAAUAGAUUUCAUUGUUUGAAAAACAAAAUUGUUCAAUUUAUUUAAUGGAUGCAAAUUACAAUAGCUUACAAGUUUAGCGAUAACACAUCAAUCCUCCUUAAUUCUCCCUCUUCACUAUCCUCUGAUUUUUGUUCUGUUUAACAGUAUUGUGUUUGGUAUUGUAGUUUUUGAAUUGAACUGAUUCUAUCUAUGUCCAUUUCAAUGAGCUGCUUUUGCUUGAUGAAAAGCAGCAGACCAAAAAUUAAGCGAGAACCAUUCUCCUUUCUUGCUUUGGAGACAUCUUUUACUGUUAAUGAGGUUGAGGCUUUACUUUACUUGUUUAAGAAACUUAGCAGUUCAAUUGUUGAUGAUGGCUGCAUUCACAAGGAGGAGUUUCAACUUGCACUUUUUAGAAAUAGCAGCAAGCAAAAUCUACUUGCAAACAGGGUAUUUGAUAUGUUUGAUAUUAAGUGUAACGGAGUAAUUGAAUUUGGUGAAUUCGUUCGGUCGCUAAGCAUCUUUCAUCCAAAGGCAUCUGAAGAGAAGAAAAUUGAAUUUGCAUUUAAAUUGUUUGAUCUUGGAAAGAAUGGAUACAUUGAACAUUGUGAGGUGAAGGAAAUGGUCUUGGCUACUUUGACUGAAUCAGAAGUUACAAUUCCAGAUGAUAUUGUUGAAUCCAUUGUAGAAAAGACAAUGAAGGAGGUUGACUCAAAGGGAGAUGGGAAGAUUGAUAUGGAAGAGUGGAAAGAGUAUGCAGAAAAAAAUCCUUCUCUUCUUAAGAUCAUGACCCUUCCAUAUCUAAAGGACAUAACUCUAGCAUUUCCCAGCUUUGUUUUGCAUACUGAGGUGGAAGACUAGCUACAAACAAUUGAUGAUCAAUGCACACAAGAAGGAUUGCAGUUAGAGAAGAAUGGAAUACAUUGUAAUUGUUUAUAGUUAAUGUGUUGAAAGCACCAUCAACCAUUUCAAUGUACCCUUAGGCAAUAAUUAGUUGUCUUUGCCUACCUAACUGUAAUGGAUAUACUUGAUAGUAUGCAUGCAUAUGUACUGAACCCAGUUAAAAAAGUUAUAAUGCUAAUGGAUUAUCAAACGAACUA